AUGGUCAAUGUCAAUGUUGGGGUGCUCGGACAUGUCGACUCCGGGAAGACAUCUCUGUGCCGAGCUCUCAGCCACAAAGGGAGUACGGCGGCGUUCGAUAAGAAUCCCCAAUCGCAACGACGGGGCAUAACUCUGGACUUGGGAUUCUCGACGUUCUCUCAUUCUGGACCUCACGGAGAGACCCAGUACACUCUCGUGGAUUGCCCAGGACAUGCGAGCCUCGUGAAGACCGUUAUAGGCGGUGCUCAAAUUAUCGACGUGAUGCUCCUGGUGAUCGAUGUCACGAAAGGAGUUCAGACCCAAACUGCCGAGUGCCUCAUCAUCGGGGAAAUAUGCUGUGAUCGGAUGCUCAUUGUACUGAACAAACUCGAUCUUCUGGACGGUGGGCCGGCAGCGUUGGAGAAAAUCAAGACCAGGAUGAGAAAAACACUGGAACUCACGAAGUUCAAAGACUCUGAAAUGAUCGCGAUCUCCGCGAACCCCCAAGAGGCGGGCCCGGUCGGCAUCGAUGAGCUGAAGGACCUCAUAGCCAAGAGCGUUCCGAUUCCGCAGCGCAGUCGCGAUGGUCCUUUCGUACUUUGCGUGGACCACUGUUUCCAGAUCAAGGGUCAAGGGACUGUACUGACAGGAACCGUCACUCAAGGAAUGGUGUCUGUGAACUCACUCAUUGAGAUCCCGCUGCUCAAAUUGCAACGGAAAGUCAAAUCCAUGCAAGUGUUCGGACAGCCUGUGACGGAAGCGAUCCAGGGUGACAGGGUGGGCAUCUGCGUCACUCAAUUCGAAGCCAAUCUAUUCGAGCGGGGCGUCGUCUGCAGUCCAAAUCAUUUCCAGCUCACAUACGCGGUCCUCGUGCCCGUGUUGAGAAUAGCCUAUUUUCGGAACAGCAUUCGCUCCGGAACCAAGUUUCACCUCACGUCGAUCCACGACACCGUUCUCGGGAAACAGACUUUUUUUAGCGGCUCGGAAAGAUCCUCGAUCGAGCAGGAAUUCGUGUUUGAGGAAGAGCUUGCACAUAAUGCUGACGGGAAAUUUUUCUUCGCUCUGAUAGAGUUCGAUCAGCCCAUGAUCUGUGGAGUUCGAAGUUUGGUUCUAGGGUCGAAGCUUGACACGGACAUCAACACGAAAACUUGCAGGCUGGCCUACCAUGGAAAAGUUGCGAAAACCUUCGUAAGCCCGGACUACAAGAAAAGCCUUGCUGCUUUGCGAGUUUCCAAAACCAAACACAAGACGGGUGUAGUCGAUCGAGUGCCCAACGAAAGCGAAGUAAUCGUUAAGAACCUGUUCAAGAAAGAAACCAACUUGGAAAUAUUUUCCGGCAUGAAAGUCGCGUUCAGCUCGGGAGAAACCGGGGCGAUCCAAAGCUCAUUUGGGCAGAGCGGCAAGGUGAAAAUUCAAUUAGACGUCGAUUCUAAGAUCUCGGCUGACUUGAAGCGACUCCUGAAAGCCAAGAAAGGCGAAAAGCCCGAGGGCGAUCCCAUAACGGUGACAUUGACCUUCAAGAGACUCGUUUUCGACCCGAGCAAAAAAGCAAUACAGUGA